UGCGUUGAAACGCACCGUCUUUCCUUUGCUUGUAUUUCGGAGCCUUUUUUCUUCGCCAAACCCUUCUCAUUCUAGUAUUCUUCCAGCUCUAAUGGCAACUCGCGCCUUUUCAAAAUCAAAGUUCUCAAUUUUAACUUCAAUCCUCCUUCAAAACCUUAACAAAAGCCCUAUAACGAGGUUCCAAUCUCCUCUAAACGCUCAAAUUCCACCUCUACGACCCGAUUCCCAUGAACCCAUUUCAGCGUUUAAGCAAUAUCAUGAUGGGAGGCCAAGAGGUCCCCUUUGGAAAGGCAAAAAGCUGAUAGGGAAAGAAGCCCUUUUUGUAAUAUCGGGUUUAAAGAGAUUCAAGGAUGAUGAAGACAAAGUUCAGAAAUUUAUCAAAACCCAUGUUUUAAGGCUAUUGAAGAUGGAUUUGAUUGCGGUUCUUUCAGAGCUUGAACGCCAAGGGGAAACUUCUCUCGCUGUAAAGGUUUUCGAGGCGAUUCAAAAGCAAGACUGGUAUAAGCCUGAUGUCUAUUUGUAUAAGGACUUGAUUAUUGCAUUAGCGAGAUGCAGGAAAAUGGAUGAAGCAAUGAAGUUAUGGGAAUCUAUGAGAAAGGAAGAUCUGUUCCCUGAUUCUCAGACGUACACUGAGAUCAUUAGGGGCUUCUUGAGGGAUGGAUCUCCUGCUGAUGCAAUGAACAUUUAUGAAGAUAUGAUAAAGUCUCCUGACCCACCAGAGGAGUUGCCAUUCAGGAUUUUAUUAAAGGGGCUUCUGCCACACCCUCUUUUGAGGAACAAAGUUAAGAAAGAUUUUGAGGAGCUCUUUCCAGAAAAGCAUGCUUAUGAUCCUCCUGAAGAAAUUUUUGGCAAAUGCUGAGGGCUUCAAAUGGUCGAUCUCAGUCAUGCAGGAGUGACAGAAACUGACAGGGUAAGAGAGCAAUGUUUUACAAAGAGGAAGCAAGAAUGAGCGAUUCCAUUGGAGAUCCCAUAUUGCAGAUAAUUAUCCCAUUCAGAGAUUGAAUCGUCGGCAUUUUGUCUGGGUCAUCGAGGAGUUCUCCCAACUCAGAACUAUGAUGUACCUUAAAAGAUGUUCUAGAAAGGACAUUCACAUUGAAGUAGUUUUACCAGAUUCUUGUAGCAUGAUCCACUGUCUAAAUUGGUCCAUGAUUUAUGGGAGGAUACACAUGGAAAUAAUAGAUAAGAUUGCUUGAUA